UGUAAUGGCAUCUCCUCCUUUAUCAGUCAAAGCACAUGACAUUAUGCCACCAAGGAUUUAACAGCUGACACCAAACACCUUGCAAUGCUCCUCUUUGACUCUGCCUUCGAUCUACUCUAUGGCGUGCAAUCUGAAAGCUGCAACCAGUUUUCUGGAUCUGCCCCUGCCCCCAGUCCAUGUGUGUAUUAUUGAACUUAAACCAGAUCUGAGACUUUCGGCACUGGAGUUUGGUAUUUAAAGGACUCUCUGGCCCCUAUAGCCCCAGGAUCAUGGGCUUUUUCUGGGGCAGCAUUAUGCUGCUGUGUGGGGUGGCUUUGCUCAAUACGGGGGGCAGCGGAGCCCAGCAGACCAAGAACAACGUCCCCCGGCUAAAACUCUCCUAUAAAGACAUGUUGGAGUCUAACAACCUUGUGACAUUUGAAGGCCUACCCAACAGCUCGGCUUACCACACCUUCCUGUUGGAUGAGGAGAAAGGAAGACUAGUAGUUGGAGCCAAGGACCACAUCUUCUCUUUUAAUCUUCUCAAUAUCAGCAAAGAGUUUGCACAGAUCCCUUGGCCAGCUUCUUCCACCAGAAGAGAUGAAUGCAAGUGGGCAGGAAAAGAUCUCUCGAGAGAAUGCUCAAAUUUUGUGAAGGUGCUGCAGCCAUUCAACCAGACCCAUGUCUAUGUGUGUGGGACAGGAGCCUUCCACCCUGUGUGCUCCUACCUGGACGUGGGCAAGAAAUCAGAGGACAGUGUUUUCAGACUUGAGCCCCACGUGGAAAAUGGCCGUGGGAAGAGUCCCUAUGAUCCCAAGCUGCUCACUGCAUCCAUGCUAAUUGAUGGAGAACUGUAUGCAGGAACAUCAGCUGAUUUCAUGGGGCGGGACUUUGCCAUCUUUCGCACUCUUGGAAAGCAUCACCCAAUCAGAACAGAGCAGCAUGACUCCCGAUGGUUAAAUGAUCCUAGGUUUUUAGGCAUUCAUCUUAUUUCAGAGAGUGACAACCCAGAAGAUGACAAAAUCUACCUGUUCUUCAGAGAAAAUGCGAUAGACGGAGAGCAUACUGGAAAGGCCACACAUGCUCGCGUCGGACAGCUCUGCAAAAAUGACCUGGGAGGUCACAGGAGUCUGGUAAAUAAAUGGACAACCUUCUUGAAAGCUCGACUUAUUUGCUCUGUGCCCGGGAAUAAUGGAAUAGACACACACUUUGAUGAAUUACAGGAUGUUUUUCUCAUGAGCACAAAAGAUCCCAAGAGCCCAGUUGUAUAUGCAGUAUUCACUACUUCCAGCAACAUCUUCAAAGGUUCAGCUGUGUGCAUGUACAGCAUGACAGACAUCAGAAGAGUGUUCCUGGGUCCGUACGCCCACAGAGAUGGGCCCAGCUAUCAGUGGGUGCCCUUCCAGGGACGUGUUCCCUAUCCACGACCCGGCACAUGCCCAAGCAAGACAUUUGGUGGAUUUGACACCACAAAGGACCUCCCCGAUGAAGUUGUGCAGUUUGCCAGAAGCCAUCCAGCCAUGUUCAACCCUGUCUACCCCAUUAAUAAUCGACCAAUCAUAGUCAAAACAGAUGUGGACUACCAGUUCACCCAGAUAGUGGUGGACAAAGUCGAGGCAGAAGAUGGCCUUUACGAUGUCAUGUUCAUAGGCACAGAUGCAGGAACAAUUCUGAAAGUGGUGUCCAUCCCUAGAGGCUCCUGGCAUGACUUAGAGGAAGUCCUAUUAGAAGAAAUGACCGUUUUCAGAGAGCCUGCAGCCAUUACAGCUAUGGAACUAUCUACAAAACAGCAACAACUCUACCUGGGUUCAGACAUCGGGGUUUCGCAGAUGCCUCUGCAUCGUUGUGAGGUUUAUGGGAAGGCUUGUGCUGAAUGCUGCUUGGCAAGAGACCCUUAUUGUGCAUGGGAUGGCACAGAAUGCUCCAGAUACUUUCCCAUGGCUAAGAGGAGAACAAGGAGGCAAGAUAUCAGGAAUGGAGACCCACUCACACAGUGCUCAGAUCUGCAACACCAUGAUGAGUUAAAUGGACAGUCAACCCUCCAAGAUAAAACUGUGUACGGUGUGGAGAACAGCAGCACUUUCCUGGAGUGUAGUCCAAAGUCCCAGAGAGCUACGACAUACUGGCAGUAUCAAUCCACAACGGAUGACCACAAACAAGAGAUUAAAUCAGAGGAGCGCUUUAUCCACACCGAGCAGGGCCUCCUGAUUCGCGCACUUAACAAGAAGGAUUCAGGCAUUUAUCUGUGCCAGGCAGUGGAACACGGCUUCAUGCAGACAGUUCUAAAAGUUAACUUAGAGGUCAUUGACACGGAGCGUCUGGAAGAUCUUCUGCAUCGUGAUGAAGAAGCAGCUAGUGACCCUGCCCAUGAAUUUUCCUCUUCUAGAGAAACUCCCAAUCAAAGGCUGUGGUACAGGGACUUCCUCUCUUUGGUCAAUCACCCAACUCUAAAUAGUGUGGACGAGUUCUGCGAGCAAGUUUGGAAACGGGAGAGGAAGCACAAGAGGCAAAAAUCUCACUUGGUGCAGAAAGUGCAACUACAUCAGCAACAGCAGCAGAAGACUGCGAUGACUCCUCGCAACCACAUGCACGCUCAAGGGCUGGCAGCCAAGUGGAAACACCUGCAAGAGAGGCAAAAGGGUCGCAACCGCAGGACCCAUGAACUGGAGAGGGCUCCCCGCAGUGUGUGA